CCAGUAUCCAAAAAUAGAUCAAUGGGAAUUUCCUAUGUACUUUUUAUGAUCUAAGCGAAACCUGCCAGGCUGUUUCCUUUGGACUUUCCAUCGCCUUUCGGCGACAUGAGUUAUAUACAGUGAUGUCCAAUAUUGCGAAGAUGGGACAGAUUUUGGCCCUGAUCUAUGGUGUGGUCGCAAACCCGUCAGGAGCCGCAACUUCAGAUACAGACGGAGCUACUUAUCCAAAACAAAGUCCGUGCGAUAAAACAGAAUCAGAAUCAGAUCCCAGUGGCAGUGAAAGUGAUAAUAUAGAAACUGAAAGUAAAACUACGAUAAUGACUUGUGAUAUCCAAAGUGCCAAGACUGAUGAAGACUAUUAUACUCAAACACAUUUUCAACAUAUAUCGGAAGAAUUUCCCAAACAAUCGCAUGGUACACCAGGUCCGCCAAGGACAGCAACAUUUACAGAUUCAAGCAAGCUUUAUAGUACGCUAACAUUAGAACAAGACCAACUCCCUUCCAAUAAUGAAUAUGAAAAGCCUUCGAACUCGGAAAGGUAUUCAUGGAAGCAUAUCGGACUCCCAGUUGAAAACCGAUCUUUGGAUGAUUUAAAAACUGAAAUAAGGGGAGAAUGCUCGGAUGAAAACCAAAAAAAGAAACACAUACGUUUUAAAGAGGAAACCAAACAACCGCCAAACGAAGACUUGAAAGAGCUUAUUAGACAGGCUGUUAAAGAAAAGUUUGCACUUGGAAAACCAGAGGAUGUUAAGUUCUUCGAUGCCGCUAUAGUCUACGACAAAAGAGAUUAUGAUAAAGCAGAGGAGAUGCGAUUGGAAAUGAAACAAAUAAUACGAACUGAACUGCAAGAAGACCUUCGCAUUGAACUAUUCGACAGCGAAAAUUUCAGCCAGUCCAUAGUUAUGGUAGUAGAAGAUGUUGUCGACAGGGCGUUUGUUAUCCUUGUCUACUUAUCAAGAAAUACUGAUAACUCUUCAAACGUACGAUUAUUUGUCGAGGAAGCUGUCGGACUGACACGACUAAACAUCCCUCCACCAGGAUCAAUGCAGAUCAACGACCGUCAAUAUUUGUUAAAACCAGUUCACACCGAACCACCUGGACAGCGCUAUUACAAAACACCAGUUGGUCUGGUUACCAUGAACGGAAUUGACUGGUAUGAUAAAUAUUCUAAAUUUACACAACACAAACUCGUGGAAAUAAUGAAAUCUGCCAUAGAGAAACGGAAACAAAGAAACAGAAAAUAUGGAAGUCCUAUCAAAACUUAUGCCCACCGUAUACAGACAACCACUGACAAUAUGCGCGCAGGCCAAAGUGCCUUCACACAAGGCCCACAUCAACCGUUGAGUACAGACAACCGUUCACCUCAAGUCACAAACACCAGCAAUUUAGGAAACUGUCAAUAUGCAAACGCACCUUACUCAGACAAUGAACAAGAACCUACUGAAUGGAGUAUGAGUGGAAAUCAAGGGUCAGCUUUCUCUUCCUAUCGCAGUUCAACACAAACGGCACAUGAAGGUAUCCAGCUUCAAAUCAAUCCAGAAGUUGGAACACGUACUGCAUAUCUAGGUCAACUGCGGUCAUCUACAGACCGUUCGACAGCAAAUCAACGUGGUUGUUCGCAACAGCCAGACGCCCUUUAUGCGAAUUAUGUACCUGUAUCUGUAGCGUAUGAUCAGCAACAAAUAAACGGAAGACAGGCCAAUGCCAUGCCUAUAUUGCAGCAAGAAAUGUCAAACUAUUUACUUCGAGUAGACAGGUUACCGUAUAAUGAACACCCACAAGACUACCUCCGUACAGAUCAACACUAUUAUGCUCACUCCUACCAAAUGACACAGCCUCGGGUGGAGGAUUACGAAGACGUUGUUAAUCAAAGACCACAACUUUAUCAAUACCCCCCAGAAACCAACCUGACAAAGCAGCUCAGACGAGACAAUCAACAAACAACAGGUCAUGUUGCAUAUCCAAGGUAUGAGCAACCCUUAAUUCGUCAACCUCCAAUGGCGACGCAGUUUCAAGCUGGAGAAACUUUCCUGCGAACUCCUCAUCAACUGCCAACAGAAACGCAGUUUAAAGCUAGAAAGACUUUGCAACCCACCUUUCAUGAAACGCUAGCGGAGGCGAAAUUUCAAGCUAGAGACUCUGGGCAGCCCACAAAUCGUCUCCCGCCAGCGGACCCCGUACCUUUGUCACACGAUGCUCGGUAUUCAACUGAUCGAAAUUUUGAUACCGCGCUAGUCUCAGAUUUGUCUACAAACGACGUGGAAAUCGACACGAGGCCAAGCAUUUUACUAAAAACGAAUUUUGAAAGUAGACGUAAAAGUAAACGUUCAAGAAAAAAGAAAAAUCGUCGAAAAGAUGGGUCUGAUAGUGAUGACGACCCUCCGCUUGAGCCGUUUCGAGAUUUGCUAAAGUCAUCAGGCGGUCGAGCUGUAAACAUUAUCGGAAAGAUUACACAGAUAGGCAACAAUAACAAGGUUGAUAUGCACAAGGAAUACGUGAUUGGGAACGAAGGGGAAAGUGAGAAGAACGAAGUAUUUAAGAACGUCCUGGAUGCUGAAGAAGAUAAUGAGUGUUUUCAGGAAGAAAAUAGACAAACCACAAACGACUUUGCGAAAGGCAGUAUUGAAACGGUAUCGGAUAUCUUUGAAAAUAUGGAUGCCGUCGACCCAAGGAAAGCCUCGACUCGAAACAAAGGAGUCGGCAAUUAUUGUGGUGAUAAAAAGAUAUCUUAUCAGAGCAAUAUAAGUGACAGAUUAGCGAUUACAGGACAGAAACAAGAAGAGGUGAACACGUCAAGCGAAUCAAACGAAUUACACAAGACGUUUUCUUCAUUGCCGCCGACGUCCACAGAACACGAAGCAGUUUCGUCCGACUCCGAGCUGUUUGGUUCUGGCAGCGAGUACAGCCUACCUAGCGGUAGUAUUUCUUCAAGGUCAUCAGCUCGCACGUCUUUUGAAACCGUGUCCUCUAGCACUCCUAGCGAUAUUUUCGUUUCAAGCACUUCUAAAGAGAGCGGUCUUUCUAGUAUUGUACAGAGAGCCUAUAAUAUGAAUAUAAAGGGUCACAGUUCUACGGAGGUGACUGUCGAUUCAGAUGUGGACUGAAGUUUAUAACAGAAAAGUAUUAUACCCAUAUGAUUUAUCUGAUUUUUUAAUAUUGGUUUUGUUUGAUUAAUUACACAUUACUAUAUUCAUCUAUUUUUCCGCCUUAAAUAUGCGAGUAAAUGUACACACUAGAGCCGCAGCCUUUGUAACAUUUUGUAUUGCAUUAACUUAUCUUUAAUACGAAAAGUUCUUCUGGAUUUAAGCCGGUGAAAAAUAUAUUUAAUACAAUGAAAAAUUCACGAAAAGAAAUAUAUGUAUACAAACACCAGAUUAUUGUAUAAAACUGUAUAGUUUUCAAAUACGUUGAUUGGUAAUAUCAGCCUUUGGCCAUACACAGAUGGCCUCACAAAAAAAGAUAAAUAGAUAAAUUAUCAUCUGACUAGUAUUAGUUCUAGCUACACAAUAUACAUAUAUAUUAAAUAAAUGAAGCAAUACAUAAAACUCGAAAUCGCGCUUAUUUCGGAUUAACAGUUUUCGGAAUAGCGGUGUUUACAUGUAAAUGAAUAUCUGCAUUUCUGGCUUUCUAGGCUAGUUCUUAAAGAUGUACAUGAAAUUCAAUUAUUAUGUUGUUAUGUUUAUGUUUUGCAUUAUGACCAUCCUGGUAUUAUUUACAUCAUUGUGGUAAUGAACUUAUUUACAUGGUAAAACGUCAACUCCUUAAGACAAAGAAAACUGACAUAAAUAUAUCAAAGAC